GCCCGCUGCUCUGUCACUCAGGCCGGCUGACAGGAGCUGCCUCUCCAGCGGCGGCAGAUAGCGCUGAUUGCUGAUUCGAGGAAACAAAAUAGCAAUUGUAAUUAUGGGCUCUGAUAAGAUAAAGGAGGGCGCGGGGAGCGCGGGGACCGGCAGCGGGGCACGGCCGGCAAAUUAGCAGCUGUCACUCAGCGCCGAGCAAGGCGGCGCCGGCCCCGGCCCCGGCCAGGUACCGGCCCCAGAGGCCGCCCGCCGCAACCCCGCCGCAGCCCCCGCCCCGGUGCGCAACAGGUGGCGGGGCCGGGAGUGCCGGGGCUCGCCGGAACAAUGCAGCCCUCGGCGGCCCUGGCCGGGCUGCGGGGCUGAGCCCCGUCCCGCCGCUACCGCCGCCCGGCCCCAUGGCCCCGCACCGCCGGCCCUGAGGGCGCCCGCCCGCCCCACCAGGUAAGCGCCCGGCGGGGAUGCGCUGGGGGGGUCCCGCUGUCCGUUCCCCGCCCCGGCCGCGGUAUUUGUUCAGCCUCGCUCCCCCUCGAAACUUCUCCAUCCCCCCGGUAAUCCUUUUAACGUCUGGCACGUCCCGGGAGGGCUCGCCCGCCCGGUCCCAAUCCACAACGUGCCCGCGGAGCGGCGAACCCACAGCGGGGGAACCGCGGUCCCGCCGCCCCCUUCUUCCUUCCCUCCCAGCCCUUAAACCUCGUUAUAUGGAUGGAGAAACCGAGGCACGGGGCGGGGAGGGCGUCCCGCCGGCGGCUGGCCGCGGAGCCCAGCCCUUAGUGCCAGCCCCGAGCCCGGCGACACCUGGCCCUCUGCCCUUCCGCUCGGCAGGUACCGCCGGGCUGGGGUGGGGAGCGGGGCCGGCGGUCCGGACGGGCUUCCCCCUGCGGCAGCGGCGGCUGCCCCCCGGCCGCACCCGCCCCGCCGUCGGGGCUGCGGGCUGGCCUCGCCGGCUCCCGAGGCGGCAGCGGGGCCGCGGAGCGGGGCGGGGGGCACCCCGCGGCGGGGGGCUGCCGGCCUUGCGCCCCGGGGGCUGGGCGGGCGGGCGGGAGGGCCGGCGGGGGCCUUACCCCUCUGUAGCCGCUUGUGCCCUCCUUUCCUCGGGGAGAGGACGCGCCGCAGGGCGAGAGGAACCGAGGCAGCGCCGCGCCGCGCCCCCCCCGGGCGCUCCCCGCCGCCGCCUGGCCCCGGGCUCCCGGCACCGCAUCGGCGCCGCGAUGGACCCCUGCUCCUCGCUCUUCAGCUACGUGUUAAUGCACUUGUUCGUCCUCUGCCUGCAAGCCCAGGUAACUGUUCAGUCCCCACCUAAUUUUACACAGCAUGUGAGGGAGCAAAGCCUGGUGACGGAUCAGCUCAGCCGGCGGCUUGUCCGUACCUACCAGCUGUACAGCCGGACCAGUGGGAAACAUGUGCAGAUCUUGGACAACAAGAAAAUCAAUGCGAUGGCAGAGGAUGGGGAUGUGCACGCCAAGCUCAUCGUGGAGACGGACACCUUUGGGAGCCGUGUGCGCAUCAAGGGGGCAGCCACAGGUUUCUACAUCUGCAUGAACAAGAAGGGGAAGCUGAUUGGCAAGAGCAAUGGCAAAGGCAAGGACUGUGUCUUCACGGAGAUCGUCCUGGAGAACAACUACACGGCGCUGCAGAAUGCCAAGUAUGAGGGCUGGUACAUGGCCUUCACCCGUAAGGGCCGCCCGCGCAAGGGCUCCAAGACCCGGCAGCACCAGCGGGAGGUACAUUUCAUGAAGAGGCUUCCCAAGGGCCACCAGACCACCGAGCCCCACAGACGCUUUGAGUUCCUCAACUACCCCUUCAACCGGAGAAGUAAAAGGACUAGAAACUCCAGCUCCAGGGCAGGCCCUUGAUGUGCCUGCCUCCGCCUGCCCUGCCUGCACCUCUCCCGGAGGACUCUCCUCUGAGCUUGGUGGACUUCUACGUAGAGACUUUCCCAUAUGGGUAUUAAACAAAAAAACAAAACAAAAAAACAAAGAAAAAGGGGGGAAGGGGGGGAGGAUAACAAAUUACCUGCUCUAGUUGUUGAUAAUUUGGGGGAGGGGGGUUGUUUGGUUUUUACAAAAAAACAAAAAAAAGGGAAAAAAAUAAGAGUCUCUAUUUUUGUACUCCAGCUUUAAAAGGAAAUGGAAUGUUCAAAGACUGGUGAAGGGGGAAGAACCCUUCACUUAGAUAUGUUCUAGUCUGUUUGGGGUCAUGCUUUAUUUUGUAAUGAUUUUUUUUUUUUUUUUUUUUUUUGGUAGCUCUAGAGGGGAAAAAUGUCACCAUUUAAAACAAACAUGAAAACCUGGAAAUCCAAAUCUGGGAGUGAUAUGCUACUUAAAUGAACUGGACUAAUGCUUACUGGAGAAGCUGGAGAGGUUGGAAAACAAUUAAGGGGAGGGGAUUUAUGUCAGAGGAGGUUGGAGGCUUCCCAGGUGGGUUUUGCAGCCUGGGUGAUGUGUGGGCACUGCCUGUGGGGGCUGGCUGCAAUGCCCCAGGGUGAGGACCACUGGGUGCUUUCCUUCCUUGGAUGCGCCUCCUUCUUCGGCUGAGCAAGGGGUUGCUGGAAGCCACUUAAAUCCUUCCAAAAGUGCUGCAGGCUUCACAACUCCCAGCUUAUUUUUUCUCAGGAGGGGACGGGGUGAUGGAUGCCCCAGAGAAAGUCCUGAACUGACUUGGUACCUCUGACCCAUGAGAGCAUCUUUGGCAUUUGGUUUGUUUUAAACUACUAAGGUGAAGCAGUAGCUGACGGCUGCCGUAGAGUGGGCUGGUAACAGGUAUUUUCUUUUUUCCAUGUGGAAAAUGUGAACAACUCACCAAAAAUCGAUAUUUUUUUUUUUUUUUCCCUGUCUAUAUUUUUUUUAUCAGAUGGAAGUUUUCAUCCAUAAAAUUAAAAGUUUACAGAUUACCCUGGAGCCAUUUCAGGCUGGUUUUGUCGUAGCAUUCGGUUUGUUGUUGGCACUUCCAUUGUCAACCAUCUCUUUCAGGUUUGCUCUUCAAUGAGAAAUGCCACUGUCCUUGUCCUCUGAGGAAAGGAAAGGCUUUCUUUCAAACCUUUUGUUUUGACAGAAGCCAAAUUUUCUACUUAGGGAAAAAAAAAAAAAAGCCCCAAAGGAAUCAUUAAAUCUCUUGAGUGAACACCCCCAACCAGCCCCUCUCUGCACAUGCUGCCCUGGGACUGUGGCUCUCUCCAAAGGGUUAAAGCAAUUAUUCUUCAGGGGAGGGCAAACAAAGACACUGGAUAGGAGCCAGAACCAGGGGUGACUUUUCAUCCAACCUUUUUUGAUUGUUUGGGUUUUUUCCUGUUUCCUUGAGGAUUUUUGUUUUGGUUGUGUACAAAUUGAAUAUGAAAUGAUUGAAAUAUUUAUUUAAUAUGUGCAUUAAAAAUUUGUAUUAGUCUAACUGAGCCUGAUGCU